CUGCCGCAGCCCCGCCAAUGGCGGCGCCCAGCGCCCGGACCGACAGGCGCGGCGGCCAACGGGAAGCGCAGCGGGCGCGGGGCCGCGGAGCCUUCUCGGCGGGCCCGGGGGGCCAUGGCCGGCAGCAGGAGGAGCGUGUUCUUGGCGAAAUUACUGAAACGACUCUAUGGUGAAACUUCAUCAUCUUCUCUUGUUCAGACUUCAAGUAGAGAAGAGGAGGUGGUUCUUGAAAAUCUUGGCUCAAAAUCUAAAGAAAAGAAUUUGGAUAAUGUUCAGAUUUCAUCAGCAGAUGCUAGCACAUCAGCUAAUACACCCUGCAAAUCAUUUCAAGAUAAUGAUGAUACAGUUGUGUCUCCAAGAAGAGUUUACACAGUGGAUCUUCCUCCAGAGGGUUAUGUUGCAGUUACUCCAGAUGCUCUUAGUAAUGCAGUUUCUGAAAACUCUGGCAGUAGUGCUGACUCAACAGAAGAGGAAUAUCAAGGGCAAACCAAGAGAAAGCGCAUUCGAAGGAAGAAACAAAAGAGCAGUUCACAAAUCUCUAGUAAUUUCCAUGGAGAACAAACAGAUUUGGGAAUGCAAGAGACUGUUGUUCAAGAUAAUUUGCAGCUGCAGCAAACAGACGGUCCCAAAAUAAGCAAAAACAAAAAGAGGAAAAUGAAAAAGAAGCGACAGAAAGAAAAAAAGAGAGCAGCUGGCUUAGUAACAAAAACUACCAGUGUGGAUUUUACAUAUCAGCCUGACAACAGCAACAAAGAAGAAGCAGCAGGCUUAAAAGACUUAGGUGAAAAGGCAGAUAGCAUUCUGGACUUCCUGCAGGCAACACAACAAAUUUAUUUUACUGACAAGAAGUCACAAUGCAGAGAUGCUGUAAAUUCAGCAACUGCCCAAGAGCUCUUACAAUGUCUUGAAUUUCGCACCAUCUCUUCCUCAGAUGUGACUCAUCUCCAUCGGCUGAAAUCCCUUGUAUUGCUACAGGAUAUUGAGAGAUUGAAGGAUGCUUUGAAACAAUUCCAAGAACAAUCUAUGAUGUCUCCUGAUCAUGCCAAGGUAGCCACAUCUCUGUUUCACUACUGGAUUACAGAUAUACUUCCUGUGAAGAACAGGAAAUAAAGCCUUACCCAUGUGUCCAUAUGCAGAGGAUUAAAAUUUAAUAUACAGACUCUUAACCAAUUAGCAAUUGCUCAGUAAGAGCAGUGUAAAUACACAUUCUACACCUUCAGGUAAACGAACAAAAACUCCAAAGGACAGUAAAGGUAAAUGAACAAAAACUCCAGAAGACAAUGAAGGUAUAACUACAGUGUGACUUUCGUGAUGGGUUGGUCAAGAGUAUGGCCUGAGUCUUCAGCUGCAUUAAUAUGUACAUUUCCCUUUAGGGUAAGGGACUUGACUGGAAUGAUAAAGUCUCUAUCUGGUAUUUUGUUUAAGAAGUAUAACAUUAUUUUUUUUGUUUGUAAGUUUAUCAUUCAUUUCUGGAAGUUAUAUUUCUUGACUUUUUUGUAUAUCUGCUUGCCUGGAAAACAGAACUAUAUUUUUUUAUAUUUAAACCUAAGCAACAUUAUGUCUGAGGAGUGUAUUUUUGCUGAAUAAACUGCUACAUUGUGGA